CGGCGCAAAGAACACAUCACGUCUGACGCGGGGAAAGGUUGGAUCUCCAUAGUCACAAACAGCACGGAUUGCAACUCAGCCCUAAGCAAAAGACAUCUGCAGCGGUUUCGGUUUCAAACGAUAAAAAGCAUUUCCGGCGGAUUCCUUUACAUCGUGCGUCCAACAGCCUCGUUCUAUUCAAAGACCCUUGGAAAGCUUUCGACAGGGCGACCCAUGGAGCCGUCUCAUCCGAGUACGAACACCUCCGCGACGGUGAUGGUGAAGUGCGCCCUCAUAGCCCUCCUGCUCUCUGGCCUGAUCAGCCAGUGCUCGGCCACCUGUCGGCGACAGGCGCUGAUCCACCUCAUCGAUCACGAGGGGUGCACACUGCGGAGGGUUCCCUCCUUUGGCUGCCGGGGCACCUGCACCUCCUACUCUCGGGUUUCGCCCACGGACUACACCCGGAUGGAGCGGUCAUGCCAGUGCUGCCAGGAGUCGGACCACAUGAUGCGCGGGGUCCGCCUCAACUGCCCAGAGCUCUUCCCCAGCACAAAGGUGGUGGAAGUGAAAGUGGCCAUGUCUUGCACAUGUCGACCGUGCCACGGAGGGUCUGGAGUGCCAAGCGAAACGAGGCUAGAGGACCUUCUACAAUAAAGUUGGACACCAGAGAAUCUUGAAAAUACUUUCAGUAGAAGCUUAUACCAGGACGGGACUCCAAGAACAACUACGGACAUUCGAUCUGUGAUAUCAUAAAAACCCUUUCAUCUGUAACCCAAACCAAGCAAACGUUUUCAAUCUCUCAGUGUUUGGGAUGGACAUUCACGUGUUUUAGAAAAUAACAGCCGACGUCUUUAGGCCUUUUAUGGCCAUGUUAAUAACUUUUUUUGCGUCAGUACUGUGACCAUCAACUACUCCCAAAAGUGGGACAAAAGCACGAAGCCUGUCUUUACAUUUGUGGUUUUUGACGAAUGCAGUUAUCCGAAGUGCGGCUUUACGAAUUUAACUGUUAUCCAUUCAUUCGACGCAUGCAAAGAACAAACAAAACAAACACACGUUUAAAACACUUGCGGUGGUAAUAUCAAGAACUGAUGAAAAGAUCAUUAUCAUCGAGUUAAUCAAGUAACGCGCAGCCGUAGUCAUAGAAGGCGAGGGCAUUAGGCUGGUUAGUCAGCUUCCGGCAGUGGCGUAAAUCAGUGCCACGGACUGGGAGGAUAGGAGAUGACUGAAAUUAAAAAAAGUGUCCGGCCGUGGAAAUUCGAAUGGCAAGGGGGGGGGGCUGGACAUCACGUGUCACUAGGGGCGUUGGUAAUGAUACUGGUAUACGUCUUAUGAAUACUAUUUUUACUUUUUCUCCUUUUUUCGGUACCACUGAAUACAGUUUGUUUCUUGGGAAGUCCUAACACAACUCACGAUCUGUUUUUGUUUAAACCCGAAAAGUAUGCGCACGGAGUAAUCUAACAGCCCACCCCCCUGUUCGAAAAUUGUGGAGGAUAUACCCCAUUCCCCAAGUUUUACUCCCCUGGCUCGUGGUCUAAGAGAGUGAAUAGAUUUGCGGGUUGAGAGAUAUGAGAUGUUUUCGGUUCGACCUUUAAGGCUAAAAUACAACCCAUUUCUAAAAUAUGAGCUCGUAAAUGCAGUGGGAAAAAUCUACAUUAGUGCCAAGAUGCAAGCAGUGUAAUCCCUAUUUGGCUUCAACUGAAGUUUCAUUGAUAAAACAAACGUCUCAUAAUACAGGAAUGCUCGAUUCAAUCGAGGGAAAAAUGGUGUAGGCUUACCGGGGAGGUUGGAAUUUAGAUAUCCAACGUUCAACUCAAUUUCUAGAGCAUCACCUGCUCCUUUUCCGUUACGUUCAACACAAUGGCUAUCCAGUGGUAAAAUACAUUUUGUGCAAUAAUGCUUUCUGACAAAAAAAGAGGAAAAAUGAUCACAGUAAAGAACGAGUGCCACUGGUAAAGACAAUCGAUUACAAGACUUGGACCUCUGACACACACAUUGUUACAACGAAGCCGAUCUGUUUUUAGAAAAAUCCUGCGAAAGGAAUUAGAAGUCAUUACUGGGGAGUCAUCCCGUUUGCACGCAGUUGGCACGCGCGCGUUACACUACUCUCCGACCAGUACGGGUAUGGUUACUUGCCAAAGCGCGCGCGUGCGCACUCAGGUUACGACAUGCGAGUGAGUGCGAUGUCCCCGCAGGAAUGGCGUCUUCUCAAAUUUGCCUACAGGUGAAGACGAGAUGUGACUUUUCAGAUCAAACAUGUCUUGUGUUUAGGUAGCAUAUAUGUAAGAUUUGGCAUCUAGACAUCACUGACGCAUUGCGACUUUGUAAAGAUAGUGCUAAAACUCCAAGACGUUUAAGCUAUUGCUCAUACUAUGUUAAGAUUAAGGGCCCGUUGCACUGUAGCUCUGGAAGGCUAGGCUGCUGCAAGGUGUUUGUACCAUUGCCUGCAUAGCUAGCUAGUCAAGCAAGUGCCACGUGAAAGUCAUCUCGCAAAACAAAAGCCACUUUGCUGAGCAGCAAAUUUUCAGAAAGCACUGGCAGUGACCGUGGCUUGUCGCUUAUAUACAGCACAAAUCCUUCAGUUUACAUGUAUCACUUGAGAAUGUCUGUCACUCGUAGAAUAACUCUAUGUAAUAUGUACCUCCAGUUUUGAUUUCGCUUCGCACAUUCGGAUGUGGUUGGGACAACUUUUUAUCUUGACUUUCGCUUUCACUUUAAUAAACGCUUAUAUUUUGUUGAAA